UCACUUCCGUUUACUGUCGGGCGCCGCCGCCGUGUUCUCAGAGUGCCGCAGCGAAAGGACUGAAGGAGCUAGGGGACAAGAAGAGGGGUGGGCGGUGGGUGGGCGGAAGAAGGAGGACGUCCCAUCACGGAGUCGCCAGUCUGGACGUUCCCGCCUCCUCCGACACUGUCGGGUCUGAUCGGAGAGGGGUCACCGCCUCCUUCAGCAAGGAGGAGGGGGGCGGAGCCCGGCUCAGGAUCAUGGAUUUUCCUGGUCACUUUGAACAAAUCUUCCAGCAACUGAACUAUCAGAGACUUCAUGGCCAGCUCUGUGAUUGUGUCAUUGUAGUGGGGAAUAGACAUUUUAAAGCCCACCGCUCUGUACUUGCAGCAUGCAGCACGCAUUUCCGAGCCCUGUUCUCAGUGACAGAGGGAGAUCAGACCAUGAACAUGAUCCAGCUGGAUAGUGAGGUAGUGACAGCAGAGGCCUUUGCUGCACUGAUUGACAUGAUGUAUACCUCCACCCUUAUGCUGGGGGAGAGCAAUGUUAUGGAUGUCUUAUUGGCAGCCUCGCACCUGCAUUUGAACUCUGUUGUUAAGGCAUGUAAACAUUACCUAACGACAAGGACACUGCCCAUGUCUCCCCCCAGUGAGCGUGUUCAGGAGCAGAGUGCCCGCAUGCAGCGCUCCUUUAUGCUACAGCAGCUGGGACUAAGCAUCGUGAGUUCAGCCCUCAAUUCCAGCCAGGGUGGUGAGGAGCAGCCAGCCCCCAUGAGCUCAUCGAUGCGCAGUAACCUGGAUCAGCGGACACCCUUCCCCAUGAGGCGCCUUCAUAAGCGCAAGCAGUCUGCAGAGGAGCGGGCAAGACAGCGCCUGCGACCCCCCAUGGAUGAGUCUGCCGUUUCAGAUGUUACACCAGAGAAUGGGCCUUCGGGGGUUCAUUCUCGGGCGGAGUUCUUUUCACCAGAUUCUCUGAAGAUUGUGGAUAAUGCCAAAGCUGAUGGAAUGACCGACAACCAGGAAGAUGGUGCUAUCAUGUUUGACCAGUCUUUUGGCGCUCAAGAAGAUGCCCAAGUGCCCAGCCAGUCUGACAACAGUGCCAGCAACAUCGCACAGUUGUCCAUGGCCUCUCGUGCAACUCAGGUUGAGACUAGUUUUGAGCCAGAAGCCGCUACUGAGAAAAGUGGUUUUCAGUGUGAAAAUCCUGAGGUUGGCCUUGGUGAGAAGGAACACAUGAGAGUGGUGGUUAAAUCUGAGCCCCUGAGCUCACCGGAGCCUCAGGAUGAAGUAAGCGAUGUGACCUCUCAAGCGGAAGGCAGCGAGUCUGUGGAAGUGGAGGGAGUUGUGGUCAGUGCCGAGAAGAUCGACCUCAGCCCUGAAAGCAGUGAUCGGAGUUUUUCAGAUCCCCAGUCUAGUACGGACAGGGUAGGUGACAUCCACAUUUUGGAAGUCACAAAUAACCUAGAACAUAAGUCCACUUUUAGUAUUUCAAAUUUUCUUAACAAGAGCAGAGGAAGUAACUUCAGUGCAAAUCAGAACAAUGAUGAUAAUAUCCCAAACACCACUAGUGACUGCAGGCUGGAGGGCGAGGCCUCUUAUUUGUUGAGUCCAGAGGCUGGGCCUGCGGGCGGGCCCUCUUCUGCCCCUGGCUCCCAUGUGGAGAACCCAUUUAGUGAGCCUACAGACUCCCACUUUGUUAGGCCCAUGCCGGAGGUGAUGGGCCUGCCAUGUGUACAGACUUCAGGCUACCAAGGAGAACAGUUUGGGAUGGAUUUUUCUAGGUCUGGUUUGGGCCUCCACUCUUCCUUUUCCAGGGUAAUGAUGGGUUCCCCAAGAGGAGGGUCCAAUAACUUUCCAUACUACCGCCGCAUAGCUCCAAAAAUGCCAGUUGUAACUUCUGUCAGGAGCUCACAGAUCCCAGAAAACCCUGCCAGUUCCCAGCUAAUGAUGAAUGGGGCCACAUCCUCAUUUGAAAAUGGCCAUCCUUCCCAACCUGGUCCUCCGCAGUUGACCAGGGCAUCUGCUGAUGUCCUGUCAAAGUGCAAGAAGGCCUUGUCAGAGCACAACGUCUUGGUUGUAGAGGGAGCUCGCAAGUAUGCCUGCAAAAUCUGCUGCAAAACUUUUUUGACCUUGACAGAUUGCAAGAAGCACAUCCGAGUUCACACAGGUGAGAAGCCUUACGCCUGCCUGAAGUGUGGCAAAAGGUUUAGUCAGUCCAGCCACCUGUAUAAACAUUCGAAGACUACCUGCCUGCGCUGGCAAAGCAGCAAUCUGCCCAGCACUUUACUCUAACUAUUUGUCCUUGUGAGAUGAUGCUGAGGCCAGUUGUAGGACUGAAACUAAAAUCUUUCUUGGUAGGCAAGUAAUGCUAUUGGGUUUGAGGCUGCCCAGGGGCUCUUACGGAUUUCAGCGCCUGGUGAGUGGAGAACUAUACGUGUUGCACUUGAGCUGCUGAUUCUGAGUGUUGUGCAUACCUGGGAAGAGGGAUGUAGUCCCUGAAACCAAGUUCUUCCUUAGGGUUGAGUAACGCAGUCAAAGUAGUUUUUAAUUGAUGUUAAAAGUGGCACAUUUAAAAAUUAAAGAUUGAAGUGUAAAAGAAUAUUUUUAGCAACUUUUGUAAAACUAUGUGAGGCGUUUAAAUUUCCGGUACCCUCUGAUGGGACUAUUAUAUCUCUAUACAGUGAUGCAAAAUGCACUUAUGUGUAACCAGUGGCAACUUGGUGCCUGUCUAAAGGGAAGGCCCUUGAGGACAUGGCUGUCUGCCACAAAUGCUUUAAAGUGUAUCAUGAGCUAGUCCUAGGCCUCAGAAAGUACUGUAUUUUUUAUUUUUGUCUAUUUGCAGUCACAGACACUGCACUUUGAUGGUGCUGACACUGGGUCCAGAGUGAGCAUUCUCUUGGACUAUUAGGUGUAUAUACUUUUGAAUACAUCACUGUUGGAUAGAUGUUUUAAUAGUUUUUUCUGAUUUUGAAAACAACGUUGUAAAUGGAGUAUGUGCUUGUAGGGAGUGACAAGUAUGUGCCGUUUUAGCAGUAUUUUAACCAACUUGUAUUUCAGAUGUUACAGUUCCAUGUCUGAAGUUCCAAGUCAGAAAAGAGCUAGUGUUUGUCUGUGUUCUGAUAAUGUGGAGUCGUGUUUAGUGGGGUCUUUAAUGGCACAUUUACCCUUUGCUCCAUCCAGAUGUUGAGGGCCAGUCCAGUCUGACACAUCCCACCCAAGGACAAAUCUGUUCUCUGCUUUGUUUUCUUAUGGCAUCUCUCCCAGGCCUAGAUUACUAUUCUCAGUUACAAAAGAACCAAAAAUAUUGCCAUUCCCCCUCCUCCAUGGGUUUUAUUACUGUUUAUACUUUUAAAGUAUAGACCCUAAACUCUUAAUAUUGUUGCUUCCCUAACACAAUGCUGAAUGUUUAAAAUUGUUUGAAAUCCAAACAUAGUAGUGUUCAUGGAUAUUUUCCAGGCUCCAUAAGAAAGUUAGGCAGCCCGUAACAUAGAAGUCACUAAGUAGCAUCCAAGACUGUUGGAGAGGAAUUUGGGUCACUGCCCUGGGCCUCUCUGGGCCCCACUGCCUCACAUAGUACACACUUUGCUGUCCUCUGACACUGUGCCAUCAAGGCUGUUGGUGACACCUGUUAGGCUGAGCCCUGGCUCAUGUGCAUCCAGGGGAACAGCACAGGUUAAUGCAUCUCUGUAGAACUCAUGAAGUCAGUUUAAUUCAUGCAUAAACAUGAGUUCAUUUUAUUUUUGUAUACAGCUUUUUUUAGAAAUACCAAACCAUUGGGCAUAAUUCAGAGGAAUUAUUCAGUUCUUGUGUUUAGAAAGCUAAGUAUUUAUGUGUAGCCUAAAACAAAAAUGAGUGUGUUUUCUCUUAAUCUAGUGUGUGCAGUUACACAUUUUGACUAAAUCUGUCAUGUUCAUAGAGGGGCUUGGCAUGCCCUAUGAACUAAAGCUCAAAGGGAAACCUGAUUCCUCUCCUUUUCAGCAGCUGUCAGAAACAGACUGUUGAAGGAUAUGGGGUCACCUAUGAAACUUAGUUUGGCGUGUGGUUCAUUAGCAAUCAUGUUCUGACGCAAUGUGAACAGCCUCUACAUCCACCCUCUACAUGGUGGAGGGACCAGUCUUGUGAGAUCAACCUUGGGAGUCAGGUUGGUCAGCGUGGAGAACAAGAGAGGCCCUUGUUCUGGGCCCAGGGAGAGGAGCCAGUGACACAAGCAGAGCAGUGGCAGCCCUCCUUCCCCUCCAUCUUGAGGCAGUGGUGCCAGGAGCUCACGCCCUCACCUCUGCUUGGGUGCAAGUGGCGUUUGCUUUUGGGGCCUCUCCACUGCUAUUUGGAUCCUGGAAUCUCUCAUCUACCUCUUAGUCGAUCAGUUUCUAUGUGUGAGAAGCAAGCUUGUGGGCCAGUGUCCUCGUACAUGCUGUAGCACUUAAAAAAUAAUUCCAAGGUUCCUUGGAAAACCAGUCCCAGGGUCCCAUGAUCUGUAGUUUCUACCUGGAUUAUAACUGGUAUUGGGUACCUGAAUUUUGAUUGGUUAGCCUUAAUUAUAGCCUGGCAUGAUCAUGUAGAAUCUUUUCUGGUGAUCACAUCAUAAAGUUCUAUCAGGGCACCCAUGUCAGUGGUGCUAUGCUGGUCAAAAUUUGAGGUUUUGAAAUAAAAAUUUUGUCAUAUUCAUGCCUCUAAA